AUGAGCAAAGACAACACGAAUGGUCCCAACAAUCCCGAUACCAUUCAAGUGUAUUGUCGUAUUAGACCUGUCGAUGAAAGCAAAGCGAAUUAUACCAUCGAUACAUCAUUUGAACAAAGUAUAAUACAUUUCCGGAAACCAAGAUCGAUCGAAGCUGGACCUGUAAAUAAUUCAAUCGAAAGCUACAAUUUUCCUUUCACCGGAGUGUUCGAUCAAAAUGUCGACCAAGACGAAGUUUUUGAAAGAUGUGCUAAAAAAUGUGUCAUGAGUGCUCUCGACGGAUACAAUUCCACAAUUUUUGCCUAUGGUCAAUCUGGUUCGGGUAAGACCUAUACCAUGACAGGAGGAGACGGAACUUAUGAAAAAAGAGGAAUCAUUCCAAGAGCUAUUUCUCUAUUAUAUGAAGAGGCAGAAAAAUCUAGAGAUCGAGAGUUUUCAUUUUCUGUUGCAUAUAUGGAAAUUUAUAAAGGAUAUGGUUAUGAUUUAUUGAGUGACAAGAGAGAUGUCAUGCAUAUCAAAGAUUUACCUAAAGUAAUUCCUCGAAUUGAUGCAUCAGGAAAUGUAGUAUUUCAAAAUAUCAUUUCAUUUCCUGUCAAAACUGAAGAAGAUGCUCUUGAUAAAUUAUUUAUUGGAGAUAAAAACAGAGUAUUAAGUGAAACCAUGCUCAAUGAUGCUUCGACACGAUCUCAUUGUAUAUUCACCAUCCAUGUAGAAUCCAAAGAACCUGGAUCUUCCAUUGUCAAAUCAUCAAAACUUCACUUGGUGGAUUUGGCCGGUAGUGAACGUGUUCACAAAACCAAUUCCAGUGGUGAAACUCUUGAAGAAGCAAAAAGUAUUAAUUUAUCCUUGUAUCAUUUGGAACGAUUUAUUUUGAGUAUUAGUGAAAAUCAAGAACACAUUCCAUACCGUGAAAGUCUCAUUACCAUUGUCUUGAAAGAUAGUAUUGGUGGAAAUUGUAAAACAAUCAUGAUCGCUACGGUCAAUCCAUCAGAUCGACAUUUGGGUGAAUCCAUUUCAACAUGUAAAUUUGCCAUGCGUGUUGCAAGUAUUCGACAACAUGCAACCAUUAAUGAGAAAUUAGAUCCCUAUGUACAAAUUAAGAAAUUGAAAAAGAGAAUUGAAGAAUUGGAAGAAGAAGUUCAAUAUUUGAGAGGAUCAGAUGGAAAAAGAGAUUCUCUGGAUGGAAAUGAAAAGGCAAUUGUCAAGGAACGAGUCGAAGAUUAUAUCAAUGAUCCAGAUCAAGAGAGUACAUUGAAUUUGGGUGGAGAUCAUUUGAGAGUACGAGAAGCCUUUUCUUUAUUGAAAAGUAUGAUUUUAGAUUUGGGUAAGAAGAGUGUGUCGAAUCAUCAUCAUCAUUCCAUGAAAUUAUCAUCUCCCAAUGGCAUGCAUCCAAAAAUGUUACAACAACCACAACAGCAACAACCACAACCACAACCACAGCAACCACAACAACCAUCAAAAGGAAUGAAUGUCAUGGAUGGCAAAAAACAGACAAGUAUAAUCAACACAAACACCAACACAACACAACCUCUUCUCAACCACUGCUCCACUACAUCACCACCCUCUACCAUUCCAGAUGAUUUUCAAGAAAAACUUAAAAAUCUCACAGUUGCCAUUGAAUUGAGAGAUAUUGAAAUUGAUAUUCUCGUAUCCAUGUUAAAUAAGAAACAGAGAAAUUUAUCUGAAGUAUCCAUACAGACCGACACUUGGAAUGUAUCCUCACAACAAUCAUCUCCUAAAACAUGGAAUCGAAACCAUCCACUCUCCUAUCCUUCCACCUCUUUCCAUUCCAUUCAAAGUCUAGAGAAUAAUAUUCACAAAAUGAACCAUUCCUUUGAGAAUCAUAUUCCAAAAACCAACCAUUCCUUAGAGAAUAAUCAUACCAUUCCAAAAACCAACCAUUCCUUUGAGAAUAAUAUUCAAAAAACCAACAAUAUGAACACAAAUUCAAUUGAAAGAAAACCACUUGCUGAAAUUGUUACUAAAGAAGUCAUUCGAGAACGAUUAAAAGAAAAAGAAAAAUCCAUUCUCUCACAAACAGGAGACACUGCACCCAAAAUAAGUAAUGAAAAGAUUGCCAUACUAGCAGAUGCUACUGGAAUGAGAAAGAGAGCAGAAGCAUUUGAAAUAUUUCGUCAAAAAUAUCGAAAUUACAAUGUCAUUGAAAAGAAUAAGAAUAUAUUAGGAGAAAAGAUUGCACUUGCCAAAGAUAUUGCCAAAGAAAUUAAUGACAAGAAGAAUGCCAUUGAUUCUCUCAAAAAUCGACUCAUUCAAUUGAGAACUGAAAGAGCAGCUCAAAAUUUAGUGAAUCAUUCCUCAACCGAUGAAGAGAAUGAUGAAUUAUUCCCUGAAGAAAUUGAAUUGAAAAAAUUAAUAUUAAGAGAAAGAGAUGGACAUCAAUCUAAAUUUAAUGAAUUGAAAGAACUUAAAAAAGAAAUUGAACAUUUGAAACGAGUAUUGGAAAUGAGUCGAGUCAGACUUGAACAAGAUUUUGAGAAUUGGUACAAGACUACUCAUCCAGUCUAUGAAAUGGUCGAUUCUGAAAUGUGUCCAAGUCUAGCAGGGAAUUAUCCAACAACAAUUCAUCCUCAGGGUAUUGGUAGUAGUAGUAGUAGUUUGAGUGGUGGGGGUAGUAGUGGUGGUGGUGGUGGUGCGAGUGUGGUGGGUACGAGUGGUGGUGGUGGUGGUGGUAUUAAUUCAAAUACUCUUCGUCUCUCGAGUAGUAGCAGUAGUAGUAGUAGUAGUGGUAGUAGUAACAUGUCUUCGAGUAAGAAUGUUAUGAAUUCUUCUUUGAAUGGUAGUAUGGGACAACAAUUACCAACCUUUCCAAUUUCACCCAUUCAUUCAAACGUACCAUCUCCAUUCCAUAGGAAUAGUACAACUACUACGACUAGUUCUAGUACGACUACUACAACCUUAACGGGUUAUGAAGAUGCUUCUCCAAGAAUUCUCAAACAAGCAUGGACAGAGCAUUCAUCAUCCAAUUCAUCCUCUUCACUACUUAAAAAGAAGAAUGAAUCGAACACGACGACGACGACGACAACUCUCAAUGAAGAGUUCAUGAAUACGAAUUUCAAUCAUCCACCAAUCAUCAUUCUCGCAGCAACAAUGGAAUGA